AUGCGACGAGAGCAACCAAAGGCAUUGGGUACUCGGGAAGUACCAGAAGCUCGGCCCAAUUGUUUUGAAGGCUACACAUUUGUACUGACUGGAGAACUAGAGUCCUUGACUCGUAAUGAUACUGGAGAUAUUAUCAAGCGAUAUGGAGGUCGAGUUACUGGUAGUGUCAGUGGAAGAACAACUUUCCUGGUUAUGGGACGCGAUUUUGGACCUUCGAAGGCUGAAAAGGCCAAGAGUCUCGGGGUCACUAUUCUUGAUGAAGAUGCCUUUUACAAUCUUCUCAAAACAGAAGGCGCAAAGGGAAAUUAUGGUAAUGGACCCAAUCCACAGCCCACAGCAUCUCAGUCAAAAGGAAAGGACAAAGCCACAUCAUCAAGCUCUAGAAUGGAACCUAUUCCUUCCAAUGAAACUAAUGAUCUCUGGACUGUUAAAUAUCGCCCAAGAGCUAUAAAGGAUAUAUUGGGUAACAAGACACAGAUUCUAAACAUUACCAAGUGGCUCAAGGAAUGGCAAGAAAAUAAAUCAAAAGGCUUUCCUAUCAAGGAUUCUGGCUGGUCAGGUUAUCGAGCCAUUCUUAUCAGUGGACCACCUGGUAUCGGAAAGACUACGGCUGCGCAUGUGAUUGCAGAAGAAUGUGGCUACCAUCCACUCGAGUUUAAUGCCAGUGAUGCCAGAAGUAAGAAGAUGUUGGAAGACCAAAUUACAGAAACAGUAAAGAACCACUCUGUAACAGAGUAUUACCAUUCUAAUAACGCAAAGACAAAAGCAGCACCAAAAACAUUACCAGGAUCUGGUAAAAAAAUUGCCAUUAUUAUGGACGAAGUUGAUGGUAUGUCUGCUGGUGAUCGUGGUGGAGCAGUCGAACUGGCAUCUCUUAUCAAAAAGACAAAGGUUCCUAUUAUUUGCAUUUGUAAUGAUGACAGAUCAGCCAAAGUACAACCUUUGCUGCGUGUCUGCUGUGAUGCCAAGUUUAGACGUACACCUGCUACAAGCAUAAGAAACAGAAUUACAGAGAUUGCAACAAAAGAGGGAUUAAAUAUCUCUCCAAAUGCAAUUGAUGCUCUUGUAGCAUCUACUCGGAAUGAUAUUCGACAAAUCAUCAAUAUCCUGUCCACAUAUCGCCUAGGAAAACAAGAUAUGGAUUAUGAUCAAGCUAAAGCAGUUGGAAAAAGCAACGAAAAAUAUUCUCAGAUGGGAUUGUUUGAUAUCCCUCCUGCUCUCUUGUCAGCCUCUAAUUGGAGAAGUACUUCCCUACAAGAAAAGUCGAAUGUGUACUUUCAUGAUUACAACCUUGCCCAUCUCAUGAUUUUUGAAAACUAUCUUAAAGCCAAACCCGAAAAGGUAAUGGCUUUAAAUAACCCUGGAUCCGAAGAAGAGCAGAAGCUACUGCUAGGACUACUUGCAAAGGCUUCUGAGGCCAUGUCAGAAGGUGAUGUGGUUGAUGCAGUAAUUCAUGGAUCUACUCAGAAUUAUUCUCUUAUGCCAAUCCAUUCAAUUGCUUCCUGUGUACGACCUGCUUCUUUUAUGAGAGGAUCUUUGAUGGGAGGUCGAUUGGAAUUUCCAAAAUGGUUGGGACAAAACUCCAAGGCUUUAAAGAGUUACAGAAAUCUAAAGGAGCUUCAGAUGCGUAUUAAUUCAACUGGCUUGGCUGACAGAGGAGAAAUACGGGAGAAUUAUAUUCCUAUACUUACAGACCGUAUUUUUACUGCUCUGAAAGACGUAAGUAUUUUUGAGGAUUUUGAAAAAGCUUCAGAUUUGAUGGAUAAAUAUCAUUUGGAUCGUGAAUGCCUUGACAUGUUGAACGAAUUGUCACUGAGUAAAAAGAAGCCUUUUGCAACAAUCACACCAAAGAUUAAAACAAAUUUCAACAAAUACUACAAUUCUACAUCUCAUCCAAUUCUUUUCCAGGCUACUGGUGCACCUAUCAAAAAGGUGUACAAACAAGAAGAGAUUGGUGAACAGUCAGAGACAUUGUUUGGAGAGGAAGAAGAUGAAGGUGAAGUACUCACUUUUGGUGACGAUGUUUCUGAAGAAGAGGAACCUGAGGUGUCUGUAAAAAAGGAUAAGUUUAUCAAGGCCAGUAAACUCAAGGCCAAGUCUAAAAAAUAGCAUAAUUAAUAUAAAUAUAAAUACAAAUACUCUUUCUUUCUUUCUUUCUUUUUUUUGGUUUUCUUUUGGUUUUAUAUUAAUGUUGAUUUUAUGUAUUUAAGCUUCUUAUAUAUGUAUUUUGCUAAAUAAGAAUUAUGCUUUGUUAUUUUUUGCUCUGAUUUCAGUCAAUAAAGAAAUUAACAACUGUAAAGAGUUUAUAUAU